CGAGAGGGGCGGCCGCUGCCAAGAAGAGGCCUCACUCGCCACGAGGGGUGCGAGACGGACGGGGAUAUCAGCUCGUUCAGGCCACUAUCGGCCGACACGGCUCGAGCACGCGGACGAGCGAGCGCUAAGUGGAGAAGAGAAAUCGCUGAGCGCCAGAAUGAAAACACGACCGCAGAAGUCGCUACGCCAGCUCCGCUGACAGAUAACAAUAAGGGCUUGCGUAAGAGCGGAGGUUGCGCCUGUUGCGGCGAGAGACGAGGAAGCGGGGAACGCGAACGCGCGCGCAGCGCCUCGAGCGAGAAUUGCGGACCGCGUGAGAAGCAGCUGUCGGCGGUGCUCCUUUCCCUACGCCGAGAGUGGGUGAACACGACAUUUACGCUGUAUGUGUUUCACCUCGCGAACGUCGCCAGAAGGAGGCAACGUAGCCGACAUAGCUGCACGAUUGCCUGGAAUCGCUGGCGCGCCCCAAGAAGGGCCAGGGAAAGGAGUCGUACUCUUGAAAGCCAAUGUGGACCCACUGUCGUCUAGCUGAUGCCGUAAUUGGGACGCGGCAUCGUCGGUCGUCGGCGCGCAGAUAUUGCAACAACGCGACCACGUGCUCCGAGGAAACAACCGGGCUCCCGCGCUCCGAACAGCUGAGCGCAGCAACGGCUUGCCGCAGCUGAGUGCCGGGGGGUGUCAGCGCCGACGUCGAGCCUCUCAACAAAGGCGGCAGAGCGCUACAACGAUCACGAGGCGGCGUCUGUGCACAAGACGAAAGUGAGCGCCCGUGCCUCUGCUGCCGAUUUCGCGAUCUGAUUUGGGCGUUUGUGCCUGCUCAAAAGGGUCCGCCAAACAGCUAGCCCCGACCCCCGACCACAGGAAGGAUUCCGCUAGCGUCCACUCUCGUCGCUGGCCCUUCCUGCUCCGCCCAACGAGGUCCGCGCAGCUCUCGCGCGGCUCUGUUUCUCCGGCUCGCCGCGAGCGAGCUAUUUGCGGCCCGAGCUGCCGAGAAGGUCGCUCUCUCUCCUCCCCAAGUUCCCCUGAAACACUGCCUCGACGAAGCACAACUCGGAAACGUGGACGGGCCUUGGCUCUAGCUCGGCGCGCGCCAGGAGUGUCUGCAAUUUCGCUUUUCGUAAGGACGAGCAAAAAACUGCACGGAGCGAGUGAGUUCGAAAGGGCUGUCGCAGUUGCAACACUCGAGCAUGUGACGACGAGCCGCACGUAGCCUCAGCAGUAGGGCCCAAGGCUUUCACUCGUCGCGCUGGGAGGCCGCGCGCUUGGCAACCAAGGAAGCCCGCGCUCCCUCUGCAGUGCCGCAAGCAAGGCCAUCGACCCGAAGAAGCCGUGCAACGAGCGGAACAUUGCUGCAACAAAGACAACCCCGAAUCGUUCGUUAAGCCAACCUGGGCUUCUCCGAGAUCGAAGCUGGCAGUGCCUCAGAAUCGGCCCCCGAUAGUCACGUCGCUCGGAAACAACGUUAGCGCUACAGGCAUAACAGCGAGGAGAACGCCUGCCAUACGUAAAGCACGGCACAUCUGUCGGCAUCGGCAGUCUAGUCGUUCCGAAGCCAUUGAGGAAAGAGGAAGUGGGACACCUUCGCGAGACGUCUUAAAAUGACAGACGGAGAGGAGUGCCGAAUGGUUUCUACAAGUGCGCCGAGAUAAAGCUAGGUGACCACACCUAGGCAAAACCGCGCGCAGAAGGCGGCGAAAGGCAAGCGCUGUCUUCUCGGACUUCUCCCACAGAUCAAGGCCGGGCCUGCUGCGCAGACGUCCGUGGUUGCUGUGCACGUUGCAAACGGCGUCGUGACAACGAUACGUAGCUUGACGCCGUUGAGUGUCUCCUGGCUGACGACCACUGCAGCGGACCAGCGAAGCGACGACCGCGGCCGAUGUGUGCUCGUGCAGUGGCGGCGGCAUGCACGUGUACUCGCACCACCCGUUUCUGGCGCUGGCCUUCGUGGCGGCGGCAGCCGUGCUGUUCAUCUACCCGUUCGUGCUGCGCUUCAACGUCUACAAGGAGACACUGGUGGCGAUGGCCGUGUCUGACGUCAUCCCGGUGCGCGAACGCAUCUCCACCGUCUGGUGCUCGGCCCAGGAGCUGGUGAUGAACCACAGCUUCGACGCGCACGUGUUCCGCGACUCGGACGGGACGGUGACGGCGCCCAUGGGCAGGACCCUGGAGCUGUCGCUCACCAUGACGGUGCCCAAGCAGACGUACGAGUACUGGGGCUUCUACUUCGUUGCCGGCUCGAACUUCACGGUGUCCGUGUGCUCGCGCCUCUCCGGCGCCGCGUUCUCCCUCAUCCGGGGCCCCGCGGCGCUGGGCAAGUGCCUCACGGCCCUCGAGACCAAGCGGCGCGGCCUGGACGAGUCGGACGAGAAGACGGACUCGGACGAGCCUGGCGAGGACGAGUCGUCGCCGGAGUCGGACGACCAGUCGUCCACCAUCUCGAGCAGCGAGGGCCUGAUGCUCAACGAGACGCUGGGCAUCAGCGUCUGCAACAACGCGCUCUUCCACGUGCCCCUGCGCUGGACGUACAGCUGCGGCACGGCCCACGACCGCCGCGACCACCGGCACAACAUCAGCUACGCCGUGCCGGCCUCCGACUUCUACUACGUGUUCUUCGCCAGCAACCCGCCGCUGUACGUCACGCCCAACACGAUCGUCGCCGACUUCUACCUCGACAGGAUGGCGUACAACGUGUCCAGGAGCUACAGUCCGGAGACGCACUCGUGCGUGAACACGACCAACUGCUCGGUGCCUCUGGACUUUCUGUCCAACGAGUACGUCGUGGUGGACAUGCAAGGUGAGCCCAGGGGAUCCACGCGCCUCAACUGGACCUCUGACGUGCUCACGUCGCGCUGCCUGCCACGCAAGGGCGUCUACUUCGUCUUCUACUUCGUCUUCGGACUCUUCGUCAUGAUGGCUGCCUUUCAGGGCUGAUGGCGGUCGGCAACGGAUUAUGAACGUGCACAUGUGUGAGGAAGCGCGCCAACUGCUGUGUGUUACGGUGACUCGUGAUAUUCGCGCUCGUGCAAUUACACGAGGUUCGCCGGCUGUGUCGGAAUCGGCUUUCAACCGCCUCGCAGCACAUGUGGCGCGCCAGCAGCAGAUGAAGCUAGCCCGUGUGACACGAUAUGAUGAACCCCACAACUGCAGGAGAGUGCUGCAGUACAGUGAGCGGCUCAUUUUAAUCAGACAGCUGCCGUGAUCGCACCUCCACCUCACGGACGUCCUGAAAAAGAAAUCGUCGCUUCACCUCAUCUUCAUCACACGAUUCAUUCUGCCUGCGCGAGGUUUUUAUGAUUAUAUGGCCAUUUCUUACGCACGAUGUCUCAGGCAUGUGAACCGAACGUUACUCAGGCGAUGCGUUUGCCAGCAGAGCAGGCGCGCUUCACCGCGACUUCGCAAGAUGGCGGAGGUUUCCCUGAAGCGACGAGUGACUUCGUUCAUGACGUGGCGACCUCAGCGCCGUAAUGGCUGAAUAACCAACAUUCAGUGCUGAAGGAAUCAAACAUCGAUUUGAUGGGCGCUUAGUGAAUCGAUCAUGUGUCGGCAUACAAGAGACAAUACGGAAGAGAAGAAUCUCGCAAGGUGCACUUGCAGAGAGUCUGCGCAAGAUGCCGACGAUCACUGAUAAAAGCCUUCACUUCAUAGCACCGUGGUUCGACGAUAGCGGAUGCCUAUCGCAAUGACGUCAGUGGCCAGGCAUGUCUUGCAUACAGUUGAUGGGUCCUUCCACCAUCCGUGCCAGCGCACUGUCGAGACACUUUGAGACACCUUAAAGCGCCAAUUCUGUGCAGCGCCGAUUGAAAUCUCAGGCGCACUGCCGGUCACAGGGGCUGUGGCGGGCAGUGAUGCAUUGCACGCACUACCCACGCACCCAGGGGCAUGCACCUUGGCUGCACAAGUCAUUUGAGAGCCAUCUCCGCGCUUUUAGAACGUUCACACCAAAGCAGCCAGCAGAAAUAGCAUGUUGCAAGCCAAGUGUUAUGUAUGUACGCACUAUAUUGAUCAUCCUGCACGAAAUUUACGCGCAGGGUUCACGCACGCACGCAGUCCGGGUACAUGCUGGUGGCCUUUGUAAAGAGGCGGCACUGAUGACGUUGUCCUGCAACAUUGAGCUGCAACACUGAGCUGCAACACUGAGCUGCAACAUUGAGCUGCAACAUUGAGCAGUGUCACGAAGGAAAGUUCCAUGAAGGGAGCUUAAACACUGAGCGCGGCAAAGGCCUUGCGGCUAUACUACAGGUGUCCAAUCCUGUCAAUGUAGUGCGCUGGUAUGCACGACAUCUCGUGUGCUUUCACGUACAACACAAAUUGAACAGGGCAAAACAUAGCCGCCAUAAGGCGGGCGAUAAUGUGCAUUGAUAAGCUCCCGCUGCGAUGUACCAGCUAAUCAUUAUCAACGCGGGGCUCUGCUAGGUGUCGUUGUUCUAAGGCUUGUGUAUAUAUAUAAUAAAAGUCAUCGCCUGCUAAACAGUGAGCGAGAAAUGUCGGGCAUGUGAGGGCAGUCGAGGGUUCCUUUGCCGACUUUCAUACUAAAAAAUUCUGGGGUUUAAGAAACGCCCUAGAAAUGUCCACAUGCUACAUGAUUAGUGUAGGCGAACAUUUAUACUUAGUCACGGCGGUGGGUGUCUUUAUAGCAUGUCAAAAUGUCUGGAUGGCGUUGUACAGAUAGCCCGUGUUCUGUGCCGCAUCUGGCUGCACACUACGCCUGCGACUUUCACUCACUUUCAUUGUUCAGACAACUGGCUAAGCCAAUCUGCCUGCAUUGAAGAUGUGCCAAACAUAAUGCUAUAGGGAUUAUACGCAACAAAUAAUUUUAAACGACUCACAAUUGAAGCACAACACGCAUGUUUAUAUAUCAGACUGUUUCUCUGAAGAAAUGCACGCAGCGCUCAGGCGACUGAUAAAAGAAUAUUGGGACCAAGCGGCAUCCAUCAAGAAUAGAUUUCGUAAGUAAAAGCGGUAUACCUCGUUGUAAGUCCCUGAACCUUAGCACACCGCAUCGAUUCUGGUGUGAUGUCUGAGAGCGUCUAUGUACAAGAAAUACGCUUGUAAUGUACAGUGUACAUGGGUAUGAAAGAAUAAAAACAGAAAAAGACUGAAA